GUUGUACUUGAAAUUGCAAGAAGAAGUAGAGAUUUCAAAAUGCCUGUACAAGUCUACAAUGUSCCCGUUAUUUUGCCCUGUUUGCGCAAAGAAGAAUCACUUCAUCAAAUCAUAGAUUCCUUAGAGUAUCUAGAAAAGAUUACGGAAGACAUCUUUUCGAAAAUCAGCUCACGAGUUAGCGAGAAUCGGGAAAGAUUGAAUUCUUUGAAUCAAAGAGUUGAUCUUGCACAGGCAAAAAUUGACAGAAUUAAAGGCACAAAAAAAGCUACAAGAGUGUUUUCAAGUGCUAAAUAUCCAGCUCCGGCCAAGCUUGAGCCUUACAAGACUCUAUAUUCAACGGAAAAUGAACUUCAAGAGGUUAAACGACAAAACUACCAUCUAAAUUCUAAGUUUACAGCUGUAGAUGAUCAGAUUAUGAAGGAAAAACUUCAGUUUUUCAAUGUACAUCUGGAUCCAAAGAAAAGAAACGAAGGAAAUAAAGAAGAAGGAUUAGGUUCACUGCCUAAAAACCUUCAUUCGAUAAGUUCUCUUUUGCUAUUCAACACCACAGAGAAUCCCUACAAGAAGUAUGUCAUGUUAGAUCCUCUUUCAGGAGCUGUUACCAAGACAAGAAGUAAUAUUGAAGAAGAACAAGGUAUUGGUGCAGCUCCAAUAUCUAUAACACAAGGAGAAGAGAUUGAUCGCAUGACUGCUACAAACUACUUCUAUGUACCUAACCUUGGUGCAGUACCAGAAAUAGAUGUGCCAGUAUACCUUCCAGACCUUCCUGGUAUUGCAGAUGAUUUGGCCUAUAGUGCUGAGUUAGGUCCAUCUAUUGCACCAUCUGUUCCGCAAGGACUAGACUUGCCUGAAAUUCCAGAAACAGAGUCUCCUAAGAUUACUGACACAGGAUCCGYGCCUCCACCUCCCCCUACAAUGGAUGGUCCACCACCACCUCCUCCACCCCCUCCACCACCAGGAGAUGCCCCUGCUCCACCACCACCACCACCUCCUCCUCCCCCUCCACCAUCUGAAGGUGUGCCAGCAGCUCCUCCUCCACCAUCUUCAGCAGCAGGUGCUUCAGGAGGUGCUCCAGAWAGUGUCCCCACAGCAGUUUUUGAUGAUGGUAGAGCAAACUUGAUGGAUGCCAUCAGGAAAACUGGUGGCAAGAGUGGCGCACAACUAAGAAGUGCAAAGGAACGCAAAUUGAAAAAGAAAGCAGAAAAGGAGCAAGCAGCCAUUUCUACUUCAUCUGGUGGCGAUUUAAUGGGAGAUCUGUUUGCUAAGAUUUCUAUGCGGAGAAAGGGUAUUUCAGGAUCUAAAGGAGAGGGAUCCAGUAGUGGAGGUAGCGCUGAUGCAUCCACUGGGGGUGGUUCUGCAAUGGACAAAAUUUCUGCAAUGAUUCCGCCUCCACCUAAAGCUUCUAGAGGUGCAUCUGUCAGGUCAAACGAUAGUGAAGACUGGGAUGCAUAAUGAGUUCCAUCUUCAAAUAUAUAUUUUUAUAAAUUAGAACACUGUGAUUUAUCUGAUAAGGUACUGAUUAGACAACAAAUAUGCCACAGAAACAMAUUGUAAACAGGAGAUCUUAAGGAAGAAGGAAGGAGAAAAUGUUGUGUUCAUAAAACUAUUCAUAAAAUGCAGUAUAUMAAUGUACAGUUAACAUAAACAGGAAUUCUUUAUGACCAUUGUUGGUUUAUAGCAUAAUCUAUGUGGCGGUUAUAGAUGAAAUGUGUGUAGGCAGUAAAAUAUUCAAGCCAAAUGUAGACCAGAACAUUGGUUGAAAUUAUCAACAUGACUUGUCACCAUUGAAACCUUGUGGCUGCAGUUUACUCACAUUUACAAAAUAUCCCCAUGACUGAGUGCUGACAGUCAAAACAGAAAACAAAUACUCCUAAGGGUCGAGGUUUUAGAUAAUUACAACUUUCAAUUUGAAGAUUCCAUCAACCAAAUAUCCUGUUGCUCAAAGGUUUAGUCAUAGCAAAAUGAAUAACACAAAUUGAUUAUAAUUGUUGACARUAAAAGGUAUUUUAGUUGUUUCAUACAGAGUAGUUAAUAGAACAUUGUGCAAUAGAGAUGUUUUUUGGCUGAAGCUAUUUUUGGUUCAUUGCUAUUUUCUUUCAGUAAAUUAGACUUGCUAACCAUUAAUUCASACAAUGAGUGUUCAAUCAAACUUUAUCUUCAUUAUGUUGACUUCCAUUAAAAAAAACAAAUAUGCUC